AUGGAUUUUCAUGCUUUAAGAUCUGUUAGAAUGAGAUUUAUUGAUGCUUAUAAUCAGGAAUUAGAAGAACAGAGAAAUCUGAACAGACAAUCAACUAAAGAUAAAAUGGUGGCCGUUGCUAGGGCUAAAGAAAUGAUGAGAGAACAAACAUCAGGAGAAUUAACUCGUUUUAAAGAUAAAAUUAAAGAGGAAAAAAAGAAUGAAAUAGUGAAAUUGAAAGAAGAAGUGAAAUCUCUAGAAAUGGAGGUAGAAAAGUUACGUGAAGAGAAACAAGACCUGUGUCGUGUAGAACGUGAAUUUAGUCAUAAUCUAGACCGUACUGAACGUACAGUUAUUAAUGAGAUUAAUGAAGAAUGUAGGCGAAGUGCCAGUGUUUUGGGUAUUUCACCUAGAAAAGUUCAUUUAGCAAGUUUUAAGAAGGAAUCGACUCCAGUUAAUGAAACCAAAUCAUCUAAAUAUAGAACACCUAUUACCUCAUCACUGGCUAAUCUAAGAGCUUGUAAUGAAGAAUUAAGAACACAUCUUUAUGAAAUUAAACAAGAAGUGGAGUCUUUAAGAUCUUUACUAAAUAAAGCACAGAAAGAAAAGGAAGAAUCUAUGGAAAUAUUACGUAGAAAGUUAGAAAAAGAGAAAAAUGAUGAAUUAGACCAUUUAAAGGAAAGAUUAGUCAGGGAACAUAUAAGUCAGAUGAAUCGUUUAGCCAAUCAGUAUAUUAGUGAGCCUAUAUCAUCACCUGAUCCUGUACAAUCACUGAUAACAUCACAACCUAACAUCACUUCAACACCAAAAUCAGAUUUUUAUAUUCAGAGAUUUCAACAAGAAAUGCAAAAAGAGUUUAUAAAAUACUCUACUGAACGAGCUGUGUCGCCAGAAUUAAAGCAUAUCAAUGAUUUACAACAACAAGAGAUUGCCAGAUUAGAGAGAGAAAUACAGAAAUUAUCACUGGAUAGAAGUGGUAACAGAAAACCACCUAGACCUAGAGGGAAGAAAGAUAUAGCGAAUGAUAAAUUAGGAGAGAAGUUUCCCUAUAAACUACACCAUUUUGAUACAGAAUCAUCCAAACUACAGUCUAAUCUUUAUACUGGUUCUGUACCUGAUUUAUCUAAUCCUAGUUUAUAUAGACAGGUACCAUUAAAAGCUAGAUUAAGCGCUGAAAGAGAUGAUAUGGAAUCGGCACAUUUUACAGAUCCUGAUCCUGAAUUGUCUCAAAUAUUUCUUCCUCAAAAUCGGAAACUUUCUGAGAUGAAUAAAUUACAGACAACUUUGACCAAUCAAAAUAAGGAACUACUGGAUUUAGAAAGAGCUUAUAAUCAACUGAAUAGAAGUUAUAACCAACGUAGUGCAUCACCAUCUGUUCAUUUUAGAUCUUCUAGAUAAAAUGUUGUACAUCAUCUUUAUUUUACUAGUGCAUAAUUAAGCUCCAUUUUUUUUAUCUGGUGCUGUUGAAGAUGUUACUGCCAUUUUUAAAUUAAGUUUACAUGUGGCAAAAUUUUAAUCUUUUAGAAAUACAAAACCCUAGUAGUUCAUCAUAUGCUCGUUGUCAAGCAUACAGUGAAUACCAUUUUGAAUUUCAUUCAAGAGAUGGAAUAUAGUUCAAAUUGUCUCCCUUUCAAAAAGUUUUUCGUUAUGUUCUAAUACUAUUUUGGAAAGGGAGAUUACUCUUACAGAUUACAUAUUUUGACCCAUGAAUAAAGUAAAUGGUUGUCUUUGCUUUUUUCAUGUCAUGCCUCUUAUUAGAGUUGUGAAUAGUGCUAUCACUGUGCUACUCAUGAGAUAUAAAGUUGAUAUACUCUGUUUCUUUUUUUUUGUGAUAAAUAUACUGCAUGAAAAAUUUGAAAAAAGUGGACGUUUCGAAAGGUUUGCCAAGAUGACAAACCAAUUUACAGAAUGGCAUCUGCUGCUCUGAGGUCCACUAGUAACCUUAAGUUCAGUAAAGUUGUGGUAUGAUUACAUGUACCUUUAUCAGUUCUCCAUCCAAUAAAAUAUUAAUUAUAUUAUAUAAUUGUAUGUUAAAACUUCAUAAUGCUAGACAUUUAUACAGAGAUAUUUCAUAUUGAAGAUAUUCUUCUCUCCUGAUAUCAAAUUUCUAGCCUUAUUAUGUGAGGAUAUAUUUUUUGCAAUAUUAUUAUCUGUAAACAUUCCAUAAAUUCUGUGAUAAGUAAUUGAUAUUUAUAUAAUCUAAAUAUUAACAUUAUAUUAUAUAUUAUAUUUAUCAUUAUAAUUGUUGUUUUAUAUAACUGUAUUAAACAUAUAUUAAUAUU